UGCCUUUUCUGCCCUUAACGCCUCCGUCAGAUGGGGUGGGGCGGCCAGCGUUUUGGCGGUAAAUGAAAGGAAAAUACGGUCAAGGACGUUUCCGUCAAUUUGAGGCGACCACAUCUCGAAGACCAUUUUUUAAAAGAAGGGAAGGGAAAAAGGAAAAGAUGAGGGGUGGUAGAACAAAGCAAUCAAAUCGGUGUGUGGGGGCGCAAGCGCGAGCGAUGGAGAGAGAUCGGGACGACUCCUGAUCUCCUCUCAAUAUUAAUAAUUCCUCAAAGGAGAGGAGAGGAAGCGGACUCCAUCCCCUCCCCCAAAUCUCUCCUUUCUCUCCCCUCUACCAUAUCUCUCUCUCAAUCUCUCCACUCAUCUAUCUACGCUUCCGUGUUUAGAAGCCCUAUCGGCGAUGCGGAAGGGGCGGGCGGCAGCCACCACGGCGAUGCCGGUGCCAGCCGCGGCCGGCGCCGGAUUGGUGAAAGAGACGCGGUUCCGCGGCGUGAGAAAGCGUCCGUGGGGGCGGUUCGCGGCGGAGAUCCGGGACCCCUGGAAGAAAACUCGCGUCUGGCUCGGCACCUUUGACUCCGCCGAGGACGCCGCCCGCGCCUACGACGCCGCCGCCCGCGCCCUCCGCGGCCCCAAGGCCAAGACCAACUUUCCACUCGGUCCUGGCUCCCCUCCCCCCCCUGGCCAUCCUUUCCCUUCCUCCGCCGCGGCCGGAGGAUUUCCCUUCCACCACCACCAUGAUCCAGCCUCGCCUCCCGAUCUCCCGCCGCCGCAGCGGCCGACGUCCAGCAGCCUGAGCAGCACCGUUGAGUCCUUUAGUGGGCCUCGGCUGUCAGCGCCGCCUCUCCCCAUCCGGUUCUCCUCCCACGUCCGACGGGCGGCCAACCCGCCACCGCCACCCCGUGUCCUCUCCGGCGACCAGGACUGCCACAGCGACUGCGGCUCAUCCUCCUCCGUCGUCGACGACGGCGACAUCGCCUCCGUCUACCGGCAGCCGCUGCCGUUCGAUCUCAACCUUUUCCCACCCCAAGACGAUGACUUCCACGCGACCGUCCUCCAUCUCUGAUGCUCGAUUUCACGGCCGAGAAGUGAGAAAACAAGAAAGGACAGAAAAAAAAAAAGAUGGUUCCUUUUCUUCUCUAUCUCUUCUUCCGAUCAUUCCCUACGAUCUUUGUUUUUUCAUUUUUCCUUUUUUUUUUUUUGCUCCCUUGAUCAUUUUGUAUGGGGGUUUGGGAUCUGGCUUUGGAUAAUGGAAGCUAUUUGGAUGGUAUAGGUUUCAAGAUCGGAUGGUGUGGGAUUGGAUCUGCGGUUUGUCUCAGAUCUCCUUCUCUCUUCCGUUUUCUUUGUACAAAAAGGAUAUCUCUAAUUUGAUGAAUGAGAAAGAAAACUAAAACACCUAUCUAAGUUGAUUUCCUUCUUUA